AUGAGUGCACAGUUUCUUAGUGAUGUGCCUGUGACCAGUGAAUGUGUGUGUUCACCUCCCCUAUGGUGCCGCUCACCUCCACUGCAGAUGUCUCCUGGCCCUAAAGGGGCUCUCCAGAAUGGCAGUGGCAAGCCGACAAGAGAUGAUCAACUGCAGGUUCAUAACAUGACCAAGACCUCUCUGACACCGCAAGUGACUCUCCCUGACAGACCCAAUAGCUCCGAUAACUCUCUGGUCACACAGGGAGCUCUAAUUGGAAGUGCUACACCUCAGCAAACAAUGACUUGGCUCCAGGCAAACCGCUUUGCCGCCUACUUGCACACCUUUGCUAGCUUCUCUGGGGCCGAUUUGAUGCGUCUCUCUCGUGACGACCUCAUCCAGAUCUGCGGCCUAGCUGAUGGCAUCCGCCUCUUCAACUCUCUUCAUCCUCGGGCCAAGACCCUGUACUUGUGCGUACAGAACUCUCCGGUGGUGUAUCAGGCAGUGUACCUAGCCUCACUGUCCAGCCGCGAGAUGUGUGUCAAGGUGGCAGCCCUGCUGGGCUUCUCACACAAUCAGCUGACUCACAUAUACAUGCAGGGUCCCAACGGCAUCCAUGUCGUCAUCACAGAUGAGCUUGUCCGCAACAUCAAAGAUGAAGCCACUUUCAUUACAGAACUUAUCUCAGAUGAGUCAGGUGAGGGGUUGUGCCUUGUUCUGAAGCAGCCUCCUCCACAUUAAAUACAACAGCCUACACUUCUAUUGCAUGCUAAUUAUCUUUAAAUAUUAUUAUGUGUAACCAUAUAAUAUAAUCAUUAUCUUAUUUACUUCCUUUGUCUGCACAGACUUCCAAUUCAUGAGGAUUUUGUUGUAAAAAACACUUGCCUGUAAAUUUUCUUGCCUACCUAACAUAAUUAUUAGGUUAUUACAGACUUUAAAUACGGAUCAAUUUGUGUUAGAUAUUUUAUAUACUGUAUGUGUAGUAGGAAACCAAGAUUCGUUGAACCACCGCUAUUGCCCUUCUAGGUUGAAAACAACAUUAAACCAAAUCUAUUUAUGCCCCUAAUUUUUAAUUGCAGAAUUAUAGGAGAUAUAUUAUUAUAAAGAUAAGACCAAUACAUACAAACACUUUUGAAUUGUUACUCUACAGUUUGUAUUUAUUACGCGUAAAAUAUUGAACUUAAUAAAGUCACAACAUUUACAUUAUUUUGUAUGAAGGAAUAAGAUUAAUGAAAAACUUAGGAAAGUACUUUGGUGCAUAUUAAUACCUGUACAUCUUUAAAGUGAGUAAUCUACCAAAAUUCAACGACUAAAUACAAGGGUGUAAAAUAUUUGAGGUUUAAUAUUUGAUCUUAUAGGGCUAAAAUCAAAAUGGCCACCAAUAUAGCCAACUUAUAUAUAAUUGGUACCAAGAGCUUGUUUUGCUUGCUUCAGAAAAUAUGUUUUAAUUCAAUUUAAUUGUUAUUUUUAAUUGUUCAUUCAUAAAAUAGUCUCUCUGUUUAUGUAUUUUACUCUGUUAUUGAUUAGUACUUUUCCUGUUUUGUUACUGUAAUUAAAAUCCUAGGUAUAAAUAAAAUUGUACUUUUAAAUUGUUACGUUUCUUACACAUGUGAUAUACAAAAUUAUGUUGUGGUUUCUUA